AACAAACAAAAACAAGACCAUACUCCUCUCAACCAUAACUUCUCCUUCCUCUCUCUCUCUCUCUCUCUCUCUCUCUCUCUCAAACACACACAGAUCGUUUUCUCUCUCACUAAAAUGCAUUCCCAAACAAACUACUCGCCGGAGCUCCUCUCAAUGCACCACAGUUAACCGCAUUCCAAAAUGGGGAAGGCCUCGAAAUUCUUCAAAUCGCUCCUCGGAUUCAGGACCACCGAAGCCUCCACCACACAAUCUUCACGUUCAGAGCCUAAACAACCAAAGCCGACAAAGCGACGGUGGAGUUUUGUGAAAUCGCACAAAGAGAUUCCGCAGCGUCGACUCCGGGACACUUCCAAAUCUUUCGACGGAGUCUCACUGCAUCAUUAUCAUCGUAACCCAACCGACAAUGAAGAUCCUAAUAAGCACGCGAUUGCGCUUGCGGCGGCCACCGCCGCAGUAGUCGAUGCAGCCGUAGCAGCAGCUCAGGCGGCGGCGGAGGUAGUACGAAUAACUAGAAGAACCACCGGCUACGGUGUUCGUGAGGAUUUGGCUGCCGUUAAAAUCCAGUCAUGUUUCCGAGCUUAUCUGGCUAGAAGGGCAUUAAGGGCAUUGAAAGCACUAGUGAAGCUUCAAGCGGUGGUGAGAGGUCACAUUCUGAGGAAGCAAACCGCCGAUAUGAUGCGGCGUUUUCAGGCACUCCUCCGUGCUCAGGCACGUGCACGUGCACUCCGGUCCCACUUAUCCGAUUCAACAACCAAACUCCCCUCUUAUUUACACCACCAUGAACAUGCGACUCCCGAAAAAUUCGAACAAAUUCCACGUAAUAAACACGAUCAUCAUUCUAUAUUAAAGAAGAACAACUCAAAAUCUUACAAUCGAGAUGUAAUUACUCAAGAAAACGACAAAAUUGUCGAAAUCGAUACGAUAACUAAAGGAAAAAAGCUCUUUCAACAUGACCAAAUCAACUUCGGGUCUAGUCAAAGUUUGACUACUUCAAGAGGGUCAACGGUUCAACCGACAACUUCAAGAGGGUCAACGGUUCAACCCACGAGUUCGAGCCCAUGUGCAUCUUGUGAAGUUAAUUCAUAUGAGGGUUCAAGAAGCUAUGUUAGCACACACUCGAACCACCCUAACUAUAUGGCUAACACAGAAUCAUCACGGGCUAAAGUUAGGUCACUAAGUGCUCCAAGACUAAGGAGUCAUAAUGAGGUUUCUAGUGGAGCGAAAAGGGAUCCGGGUUAUAAAUACGGGUCGGGUGUGCAAUGGGUUCCCACGGUGCACGAUAGUUUUGCCCGGAAGGCAUAUCCGGGCUCGGGCAGGCUUGACCGACUUGGGAUGCCGGUUUAUGAUAUGGAGGAAACUGAGUUUUGUGUUGGAUAUUGGAAUUGAUACUUUUUAUAAUGGGUUGGUAGGUUUAAUAUAAUAUGUAUUGUAGUGUUUGAAAAUACAAACAACUUGUCUCACAAGAAAGUGGGAUUAAUUAUUAAUAGAUUUUACUUGUUAUUCUUUGUAGAUUUUUUUUGGGUUAAUGUUGAAAUUAGCCGAAGCCAC